AUGUCUGGAAUCAAGGCCGGUGACAGCUUCCCCUCCGACGUUGUCUUCUCAUACAUCCCCUACACCGAGGAGGCUGACAAGUUCAACGUUUGCGGUAUCCCCAUCAACUACAACGCCUCCAAGGAGUGGGCCGACAAGAAGGUUAUCCUCUUCGCUCUUCCCGGUGCCUUCACUCCCGUCUGCUCUGCAAACCACGUCCCCGAGUACAAGGAGAAGCUCCCUGAGAUCCGUGAGAAGGGUGUCGACGUUGUUGCUGUCCUUGCUUACAACGAUGCCUACGUCAUGAGCGCCUGGGCCAAGGCCAACGGUGUCAAGAACGACGACAUUCUCUUCCUUUCCGACCCCGAUGCUAAGUUCUCCAAGAGCCUCGGCUGGGCCGAUGAGGAGGGCCGCACCAAGCGCUACGCCAUCGUCAUUGACCACGGCAAGGUCACCUACGCUGCUCUUGAGCCCGCCAAGAACCACCUCGAGUUCUCGCGCGCUGAGACCGUCAUCAAGCACCUGUAA